AUGAACUCACUCUUCAACUCUGCCUUGAAGCAAUCAUCCUCCAUUCGCCGUGAUUUGGACACCUUCUCACAGUCCCCGGCCACCUCCUCUCCAGCAUUACAAGGCCAGCUUGCAGCUUCCUUGGCAUCGUUGUCCCGUACCGUCGAUGACUAUUCAGAACUUUCCAAGAAGGAGCUGAUUCCCGAGAAACAACAAAAAGCUUUCGACCGCGUCAAGAACUUCCGAACUGAGCUUACAGAGUAUCGAACGCAAUUUGAUCGACUGCGCAAAGAGCGCGAGGAUGCCCAAUCGGUAACCAACCGCAAUGAACUUCUAGGCCGUCGGCCACAUCAUGCAGCGACUCCCGAAAAUCCCUAUGCGCAAUCCUCCCUCCCACAGACUUCAGCUUUUGCACCCUCAUCCUCAGGCCUCAGCUUUGGCGCAAGCCCAGCGGACUACAAUCGCGAAACCCAUGCGCUCCGUGAGCAGAGCUUCUUUGCCAAUACACACACACAAUUGGACGAGUUCCUAGACCGAGGAAGAGCUGUCCUCUCCGAUCUUGGACAGCAGCGUGAAGUACUCAAGGGUACCCAGAGGCGACUAUACAGCGUCGCCAACACUCUCGGUAUAAGUGGCGAUACCAUCCGAAUGGUGGAGCGACGGGCGCGCCAGGACAAGUGGAUAUUCUGGGGUGGAGUGGUGGUUUUCUUCUUGUUCUGCUGGCUUGUACUGCACUUUUUGCGGUGA